AAGCAUCAGGGUGCCACUGUGCUAGGUUCUUGUGCAGACAAGUGACAAAAAAGACAGCCCGUGUCCUAGAGAGCUCUCAACAUACAUGUCAGACAGGAUGCGACAGGUGGACGAAAGAGCGUUCUUUCCAGCUGCUGCUCCAUGCGGGGGUAUUGCAGACGGAGCCCCUUCUCAUUGCCGCUUGGAAAUGGCAGUUUCAGCUUGUGCCUCACCGGAGCCUGAAUGCAGAGGAAGCUUGGAGGCUCUGCAGGAAAAGGGGGCUUGAGAAAGAGCUGUGGCGAUAACAAACAGCCCGAGCGAGAAUCAUCUGCACGAAUAUGCUUGGCACAACCUUUCCAAUGUCAAUGGAUUCCCCUGCAAUGCUGCGGCUGCUACUGCUGGCUCCGGGGUCAGAAAUGCCAGGAAGGUCCAAUCUUGUGUUUUCUGGUUUCUGUUAGCACUUUCCUCGGAGGACCCCGGCAUGUGGAAUGAGAAUCCCUAGACACAGGGCCAGCACUAGAUUGCUAUCUGCUUCAGCAUCAUCUCCUGCACCGCAAUAGGAAAUGAACCAUUUAAGAAUGACAGCCAUCUAAGAAGGAUACUUCGGGGGAUGCAUCAGUUCUAUAGGGGAGUGGAAAAAAAGCAAGAAAUGGACUUCUAGUCUGGUAGUUGCCUAACUCUUCCGUUCCGUCCCCUUAUUGCAGUUGGCUGGGAAGCAUCACCCACUCAAGUCCACAUAAGGUUCAGUGGAUGAAACCCUCAGCAACUUGUUCAGCUUUUUUCGUGCCUGUGAAGACUCUCUGCUGGGAGGAUUAGUCUCAGCAUGUGUUUUUAUUGGUGGAUAAACGUUCUCAUCUCAGGUGUGACCUCUAUCUUCUAUGUUGUUCUCCUACUAGUGCUUUACAUCAAGCUCAGCAGGAAAAUAGACAAUCAUUCCUGUCGCAAUCAGGUGAGCAGCAGCAGCAGCCCUUCUACGAAACCAGAACAACCCAACACUUGCCAGGCAGCAAAUGAGGCUUUGAAAAGGCCACGCCUCCGGGGUGACAGUGGCACUUCCUCAGACAGCUCUGAGAGCUCAGACAGCAGCCCUUCCAUUAGGCAGUGUCCUCGGUCAGAAGAAGGGGUCAACUACACAUCCCUGGUCUUCCAAACUACUGGUCGCAGUGCAAGCACUGCAGGGGACUAUGAGAACAUGAAGAUGGGAGCAGACUAUGUCAACGUGGAUCCCCAAAAAAGGAAGGUGGAUUUCUGGACCUGCUCGAGCCCUGUAUCUUCCAACCCCGUAGAAUAUACUGAAGUGAAAUUGUGAUUAUUGAGAUGCUAUUAACUAAGUUUUCCUUAGGAACGUCAGAAUUGCCACAGCAGGUCAAAUCAGUGAUCCGUCCUUAAUCAGUAUCCUGUAUCCUGUCUCUGCACAUUUCACAUGGAUCACUGUCAACCUGUUCAUAUAGGUAUGUUCCUCCUAAUCCUCGUCAAUUAGUGGCUGUCAUGUCCUGAAGCAUGAAGCUUUAUAUUCCUUAUAACAUUUUAUUCUGCCUAAUGUAACUGUGCAUGUUCUUGUUAUCCAUACAAAGGUCUCUUCCUUUCUGAAUCCUACAAAGCUCUUGGCUGUGUUGAUACAAUGCAGCAGUGGGUUCCACUGGUUAUUCACAGCUUGUGUAAAAACAGCAUUUCCGUUUCUCAGAGACAAACGUGCCCUUCCAUUUCAUUGGCUUCCCCUUGUUCUCACGUUAGAGGAGAGAGUAAUUAAGAAAAUAUAAAAGGGGACCAAAUCCUCAGCUAGUAUAAAACCUACACCAACUGAACUGGCCCUUUGAUUGGGCUUGUGUUUUAUUUGCUUGAUGUCAAUUAAUUAAAAAA